AUGAGACGAGAACCGGGUGACGGUGACGACAAGCCCAAGGCGAAGUCGAAACCCAAGGAGAAAUCAUCCCUCAAGUCCCAGUUGUCCGGAAAUUUCCUCCGGAGCAUUACGGAGCUCGUGAUCCGGCACAAGGGGGAUGAACCCAGCCAAGCCUCCACUUCAGGCUCGGCAGCAGGUUCGGAAGAGCAGGUCGGAGGCGAGAGCGGGGAGGGAGAAGCAAAAGAGCAGCAGCAGGAGCAGCCGCAGGAGAAGCCGCAGAGGGAGAUGACCGAGGAGGAGCAGAAGCGCGAGAGGCGGAAGCAGGCAGCUGAACGGAUUAUGAACAGACUAACUCCAGCCGCUCACCCGCGCACGGAGCCCCCGUCCCCGUCCCCCGCGUCCUCCGCUUUCACCCCCGUCUUUGCCCGCUGCCCUGCCAAGAUCUGGAGCAACCCGGACGAGGAGGACAGCGCUGGGGAGCAGAGCGACGGCGGAGGGGGAGAAGGUGAGGGGAGCGUCGGGGGAACCACAGGCGGAGGAGGAAGCGGAGGAGGAGGAGGAGGAGGAGGAGGAGGCGGAGGCAGUGGGAAUGGGGAGGAGGGAAUCAGGGGUACGGGUGAUACGUUGACGGAUGGCGAGGGGGGAGCGGGAGAGGAGGAGGAGGAGGAGGACGAGCAGCCGACAGGGUUCCCGAAGCUGCUUCCGGGGAAGGCGGACGUGCUGGUUCUGACAGACGAGGGGGAUGCGCUGCAUGGGGAGAUAGACACUGGCGAGCACCAAGGCACGAACCCGCUGGAUAUGACCAAGUUUAAGCGGCUUCUGUCGCAGGUGUAUGGGCUGGAUGAGGCGGAUUUUCGGCCAAAGAACUGGGGGAAGGUGCUGGAAAAUGAGGGGGGGUUUGGGGGUAGUGGGGAGGAUGAGGAUGAGGAUGAUGAGGAUUUGAAUAGGAGGGAUCCGAGGUUGGAGGAUCCGCAGUUGCAGGAGAUUUUGACUCAAGAGCUGAUGAAGUUUCUGCGGAGGAAUAUGCAUGGAGGGAAGGAGGAGCAGGAGGAGGAGGACGGGGAGGAGGAGGAGGAGGAGGAGGAUUUGAGUCCAAAAGGGGAUGAUAGUGAGAGCAGCGGGUUUCACAAGGGACGGAGGCGAGAGCGGGACAGCAGUGAUAGUGAGGAUGACGAUGAUGAGGAUGAUGAUGAUGAGACGGUUGAUAACGGUUGGGGGGAUGAUGCAUUGGGACUGGCUUCACCAGCGAGGGAUGAUGAUGAUGACGAUGAUGGGUUUGAUGAUGAUCGAUCGAAUAGUCGUCAUUCAAGAACGAGGCAUGGGUCUGAUAGUGAGCAGGAAGGGGAAGAGGAGGAGGAUGAAGAAGAAGGAGGAGGAGGAGGAGGGAGGGGCCAGAUGAGGCGAGAUGGGGUUUCCCGCAGGGAUUUGAGGAGUGGUGAGAGGCGAAGAGAGGGGAGAGGGGGAGAGCCGAGGAAGAGGGAGCAGAGGAGGAGUGAGCGGAGGAGGAGUAGGAGUGUUUCUGAUAGUAGGAGCAGGAGCAGGGGGUCAUCGGAGUCUGAUCAUGGGGGUGGAGGGAGAGGGAGGAGAGGGGGGAGGCGAAGAGGUAGAGCGGACGACUCUUGGAAAGAAAAGAAUGGAGAUGAGGAUGAGGAAGAGGCUGGGGAGGAGGAAGAGGAGGAAGAGUUGAGGGGAAACCGGAGCAUGCGUGGGAGGAAGGGGGAUAGAAUAGGGGGAAUAGGGGAGGGGUCGGAUGAGGAUGAGAGGGGCAGGUGGGGCAGGAGGAGACGGGGAGCUGACCUGGGUGAUGAGAGCGGGAGGGAGGAUUAUAGCGAGGACGAGGAUGCUUAUAGCGAGGACGGAAGGGAAGAGCUUAGCGAGGAUGGGAGGCGGGAAAGUGAUUACGAGGGAAGGAGAAACGAUGGGGUGAGAAGGCCGAGGAAGUUGGAGGGUGUUGGGGAAAGAGAUGAGGGGGCAAGCAGGCAUAGCAGGAGGCACAGGCAUGGGAGCAGGAGUGGUAGUGAUCGUGAUGGAGAGCGUUACAGUGACAUGGACAGUGAUGGGCAUGUGAGUAGUGACCAUGAGGAAGACCAUGGUAGAGCGAGGGAGAGGGAGAAGGGUAGGGAUAGGGGGGAGAAGAAGGUUAGAGAUAGGGGACGGGGUAGGGGUGGGGAUGGGGUUAAGAGCGGAGGUGUGUCCAGAGAUAGGGGCAGAGGGGGCGGGGAGAAGAGGAGUGAUAAGGAGGAGCGUAGGGGGAGGAAAGGGAGGAGGAGGGUUGAAGAGGAAGAAGAAGACAGCACCGAUGGUACCCAUAGCAGCAGUGCCAGCGAUGGGAGCGAUCAGGCUCGGAGGAGAGAGGAUCGGGGUCACAGGAGACAGGACAGGGAGAGGGCUGGAAGAGACGGGAGCAAGGGCAGAAGGGAAAGACAGCACGAUCGAGAUAGUGCGGUGAAACAGCACAAGGGACGGGGAGAGGAGGGCAAGAAAGAGCGGGGAAAGAAAGGUGAGGUAAAGAAAGAGGGAGACAAGCGGGGAGAGGGUAAGAGGGAGGAGGGCCAGAGGGAGGAGGUGAAGGAAGGAAGGAGAAGCAGGGCGAGGGGCGAGGAGGAAUUGGAGAGUGGUGCAGACAAGGAAAAGGAGCUCAAGAAAAGGCAUGAGAAGGUUGAUUCCAAGGGAGUAGACUCCAGGAAACCUAAAAAAGAUGGUGACUCGAAGGACGAAUCCAAGUCGAAACAGGAGAUCAAAUCUAGCAAGUCAAAGCAGGAGAGCAAGUUCCUAUCCUCUCUGGACAUCCGGGAGGAGAUUCGGAAGCUCUCGGGUGACGAUGCUCUGCGCAUUCUGCUCAGCGCCCGCAACUCCUUCAAGCGCGAGCAGCAGCAGCAGCAGCAGCAGCAGCUGAGGCAGAAACAGGCAGUUGGGGGCGGGGAAGGAACUGCUGCUGCUGGUGAUGGUGGUGGUGAUGUAGGAAUAGGGAUGGAAGGGGAGAGGCUGCUAGAGGCGAAGCUGCUGCGUUGCCUGACUAAGGUGCACCAGCAGGUGGCUGUUGGUGUUCCUGAGACGAUUGAGGAGGGGGAUGAGGAGGAGGAGAGUGAGGAGGAUGGAGAGGUGAGUAGGCAGAAGGACGGAGCGAGAAACUUGGUGCCUGGGCUUGUAGAUGAAGGGGUAGAAGAGGAGGAGGUGAGUGAGGAGGAUGGUGGUGAGGAAAAAGGUGAGGGAAGGAAGCAUGAAGAGCUGGGGUCUGAGGAGAUAGAUGAGGAAGGAGAGGAAAAAGAGGAAGAUGGAGCGGAGGACAAGGAGGAUAUGGGCGAUGGGGUUGAUAUGGGAGAGUCGGAGUCUGAGAGUGGGGUAAGUGAAAAGGAUGAGAUAUCCUGCAUUGCAUCUGACGUGGCGAGAUACAUGGAGAGAAGUAGCCACUUGGGAAGCAAAGCUGGUCAGCCAAUUCAACCUCGCCACUCAGAUAGUGGUGGUGGUGGUGUUGCUGCUACUGAAAGUGUUGGCGAAGGAAUUAUGUCAGGAACGGGAGCGGAGGAAGAGGGGGAGGAGGACCUGUAUGACGUGGGUGGAGAGGAAGAAGGGCAAGAUGAGGGAAUAGAGGCGCACGAGGGGGAAGAGUCGGAAUUUUCCUCAGCUGAGAGCGAGAGUGCGGGUGAGGAAGGAGAGGAGAUGCAAGCAGAGGGUGGUGGCAGUGGUCGUGUUGGGUGGAGGGAUACAAGUAUUGGUGAUGAUGAUGAUGACGAUGGGGCAUAUGGAGACGAAGAAGGCGAGGACGGGGAGCCGAGGCCGCACAGAGAACGGAGAGGCAGAACCCACGGCCAUAGCAGGUCGCAGAUUGCAGGUGCUGCUGCUGCUGCUGCUGGUGCUGCUGCUGGUGGUGCUGCUGCUGCUGGUGGUGGUGGUGGUGGUGGUGCUGCUGCUGCUGCAGUGGAUUCUGCUGCUGCUGUGUCUCCUCACCGUCAUCCCCCUGCCAGGGCGAGGCGGCAUAAGAGCAAGAAGGGAAGCGGCAGAAACAGCAUGCCUUUGCCUCCGCCAACCAUGCCCAUGCCAUCCUCCCCCAUGCCUCCUACCAUGCCUCAAGCACCAUUAGCAGCAACCGGAGCUGCAGGAGCAGGGGCAGGAGUAGGGCAUAUGCCCGGAAGCAUGCUGUCGCCUGCAGUUGCAGGGGUGCAGUGGGGUUCUGAGGCGUCGCAUAGCGGCACUCCCAUUAUCUCCAGGCAUGCACCAACUCCCACGUGGGGUAGUAGUGCUUCCCCUGCCGCAGCAGGCAUGGGCGGUGGUGGCAUGGGGGGUGGGAACCAGCAGAUUUUGCGGCAGAGAUCCUCAAGCCAUGCAGACAUGCUGAGGGGAGGGCAUGCCAAUAUGCCUUCCCCUGCAUCAAGAGCAGGAUCAGCUGCACCUCCGGCAUGUCUUUCACCGCUAGGAGCAGCAGGCAUGGCAGCAGGAGCAGGCAUGGCAGGACCAGCAGGUGUGUCAGCAGCAGGAGCAGCAGCAGCAGGGGGCACAGGGUUUGGGGUUCAAGCGUCUACCUUGGGAUCUCCACUCCCCAUGCCCGCCUCUCACUCCAGGCUGCAGAAAACCUCCUCAGAUGCGCCCAGGAGGCUGCAGGAGCUGCUGCAGUUCAAAAUGGUGCAGAGCGGUGCAGCAGGCGGGGGCAGGGGAGCCGGGUCUGGUGUGGCAGCCAGUAUGGUGCAGGGAAGUGUGGACUUUACCCGGGGAACAAUGGUGGGAGCGGGUGUGUCGGGAGGGGGUGCGCCUAGUUUUGAGACCUCUUUGAGCCUGGUUCAGGGUGUGGUGCAGGGAAGUGUGGUGCCGGGAAGUGUGGACUUUUCCUGGGGAACGACGGGGGGAGGAGGUGUGCCGGUAGGGGGUGGUAUGGCAGGAGGAGUGGUGGGAGCGGGUGGUGGGAUGGCAAGUGGUGGGGGAAGAGGAGGUGGUGUGGGAGGUGGGAUUGGAAGGGUGGGAGUAGGUGGAUCUCCCAAGAAAGGGAUGAAGGUGGGGGGGCAAGGUGGAGAGAUGUGCGGGGACAACAGGCACAUGGUUCCUGAAGGGGCGGAUGAGGCUUGUUACCAAGACGAUGGUGCGUAUGGGGUUGGGUAUGAUGGUGGUUAUGGUAGAACUGGUUACGGUGGCGGUUACGUUGACGCGUAUCAUGCUGGUUACGAAGAUGCUGGUUACAAUGACGGUGGUUACGACGCCGGUUACAAUGCUGGUCGUUACAAUGAUGCUGGUUACCAAGAUGAUGGUUACGAAGAGGGUUACAGUGGUGGCGGUUUGGAGGGUGAAGAAGCUAUGGGGAUUCAGAGAUCCUUCACAGCAGAUGGGCGAAAUGCCAAGCUGCACUCGCAGCUGCACGCACAUCCUGAGGAGGGCACACCUGUGACAGUGCAGCGGGCAUAUACAGUAGACGGCCGCUCGUCGAGGCUUGUAGCGGAGCAGACUGUAAUGAGGAAAUCUGUCCUGGGUCCAAGGGAGGGUGUCUCAGGUGGCAUGGGUACAGUGGGUACAAUGGGUGCAAUGGGUACAGUGGAGGAAGGUUCCAGAAGCAUGGGGAGGAAGAAGAAGCCAAAGCGCAGUGCGGGAAAAUCAGUAGAGAAGAUGGGUCCGAAUGAGAAUGAGAUUCGGGCUUGGGAGGAGGAGAGGAUGGAGGGGGGAGCAGUGGGGGGAGGAGAAGGAGGAGGGGGUAUGGCAGUGGAUGAGGAUAUGUAUGGUGAUAUGGGGGAGGAGGUGGUAGAUGAUUUAUAUGGUCCGGCUGCGAGUGAUGAUGCCAUUGGGGCACAUGGGGGGGAGCAGGAGGGAGUUUUGGCGGAGGUAGAGGGUGACGAAGAGGACUUGUACGGUUCAAGAGACGAGGAGGAGGACGAGGAGGAGGGAGAGGAGAGGCAGAACGAGAGAGGGCAGUUCAUUCCGACAGCCGCAGGGGGUUUUCCAGCAGGAGGGGUUCAGGAUUACAAGGGAGGAACAGCCGGGUUGAUAAGAGACAAGCAGAAGCGCCGUGCCUCUGUUGCGGGCUCCCUUGCUGCUGCUGCUGGCGUCGCGGCUGCCGCUGCUGGUGCUGGUGCUGCUGCCAGUGUGGCUGCUGCUGCUGCUGCAAGCUGUAGCACCCAAGGGUCUCUGUCUCGGGCGCACAGCCAACCACCCGAGGCUUUCCAUGCAGCCAUGCUCUCCCCCUCCAAUUCCAUUGCCUCUGCUCCCUGCUCCUCCCCGCCCUCCUCUGUCUCGCGGUUCAAGCCCAAGGCGACCAAGAGAAGGGCAAGCAGGGGACAGAGUUCAUUGGGGGACUGCCUGGGGCCAGGGGCUAGGGCUGGCAUGAGCAGCGGGCUGAGGGAAAGCAUGAGCACAGGCUUUAAGGAUAGUGCAAGCAUGGGCUUUAACAGCAGUGCAGGUGCGGGUUUUAAGGACAGCAUGAGCAUGGGGUAUGGCGAAGGGGGAAGUCCUGGCUGUUAUGAUAGCAUGAGCUCGGGCUUUAAGGACAGCAUGAGCAUGGGAUUUACUGACAGUAUGAGCACGGGGUACAGUGAAAGCACAGGAUUUAAGGACAGCAUGAGCGCGGGGUAUAACGAGCAGGCAGAAAGAUGGCCCGGGGCGGCUGCGGGCGGGGAGGGUAUAUACCCUGGAAAAGCAGGAGGCAGGAGCACCAGGCGCAGUGCAAGUGGGAGGAACGUAAGCUCCUUUGCUGCUUCACCUGCAGCUGUGGGGGUGGGAAGUUCUGGAGCUGGCCGGAUCGUAAGUGAUAGUGUAGGGGUGCGGGAUGCCAGCUCUGGAGCUGGAAUUGGUGGGAAACGUGGUGGUAAGAAAAAGGUAGUUCAGUAUGAGGUGGAGGAGGAUUUGUUUCCUGUGGAGCCGGAGGACAACGGUAGUGAUAACAGUUAUGUUUAUGAUGAGUAUGGUGGUCACGGUACCAACGUCGUGAUGACGACAGCAGCAGCCAAGUCACCUGUUAGAAAGCUGUCGCACACGCUGUGCUCCAGUGUUUUAGCCGAUAUACACAAAUGCGCGUCAAAAAAGCAAACAGGAGUCAGCCUGAAAUACAUGAUGGCGCACGGCUCAUAUCCCACGGAGCGGAAUCUGAUCACAGCCGCUCAGUUCCUUCACCACGAGCUUCCCGUUCGACUGGCUCAUCGCGUCACGGAACUCGAAAAUCUUCCCUACGGCUUGUCGGAUAAAGCUCCCAUUCUGAAGGUGCGAGACUGGUACGUGGACUCGUUCAAGGACAUCUCCCAGUUUCCGGCCAUUGAGAACGCCAGAGAAGAGAUGCGCUUCACAGAGCUCCUAGAUCAGGUGCGGAUGCGGCACAACAACGUGAUGCCGACGGUGGCGAUGGGAGUGAGCGAGCUGAAGAGGGACAUGGUGGCGGGCAGCACGAGGCAGGGGCUCGACAGCAUGCCCGAAAUCCACCAGUUCCUGGAUCGCUUCUACAUGUCGCGGAUAGGCAUUCGUAUGCUCAUUGGCCAACACGUCGCGCUUCAUAAACCGUCGCCGCCGCCUCACUAUAUAGGUCUGAUCUGCACCAAGGUGUCGCCAGUGGAGGUGGCACGGAACGCAGUGGACGAUGCGCGGUCAGCAUGCAUGCGCACAUACGGCUCUGCCCCUGACGUGCACAUCUAUGGCGACCCUGACCUCAGAUUCGCGUACGUGCCAGCCCAUCUGCACCAGAUGCUGUUUGAGCUGGUGAAGAACUCGCUGCGUGCCGUGCAGGAGAGAUUCGCUGAUGCUGACCAUGACCCGCCGCCCAUCCGCCUGAUUGUGGCUGAUGGCAUGGAGGAUGUCACCAUCAAGAUCUCGGAUGAGGGUGGGGGAAUUCCGCGCAGUGGGCUACCAAAGAUCUGGACAUACCUUUACACCACGGCCCACUCGCCCAUCGCUGCUGCCAACCAGCUGCACGAGAUGCCCACCGUCAUGUACGCCACCCCUUGCCACCCCUUUCCACCCCUUGCCUCUCCUUGUCACCUCUUACCACCCUUUGCCAAAUCUUGCCAUUCCUCGCCACCCCUUGCCACCACUUGCCACCGCUGUUUGAAACUCUUCCUCAUUCCACUUGAACUCAUUACGGUUGCCCCCUUGUGCGCCCCUUGUAUUGUACCCAUCGUUAAUAUGUGGAGCAGGGCGGGGUAUGGGUACGGGCUGCCCAUCAGUCGGCUGUAUGCGCGCUACUUUGGAGGCGACCUGCAGGUGGUGUCCAUGGAGGGCUAUGGCACUGACGUGUAUCUGCACCUCAACCGCCUUCGGAACGUGCAGGAGCCUCUGCCUUAG